AAUUCCAAACACCAUUUUCGUAACGUCAUAAAACCAUUACUGGUGUGUCCAAAGUCAUAACGAAUCAGUCAGCUUAGUCUCAGCAAUUCAAAUGGACAAUCUCUUGGGUCUGCUGAGGAUCAAAGUGAAGAGAGGCAUCAAUCUUGCUGUUCGCGAUGUCAGCAGCAGCGAUCCCUACGUUAUCGUCAAGAUGGCCAAGCAGAAGUUGAAGACUCGUGUCGUGAAAAAGGAUGUCAACCCCGAAUGGAAUGAGGAUCUGACACUUUCCAUCUCUGAUCCUAAUAUUCCAAUCCAUAUGACUGUGUACGACUACGACAUGUUCAGCCUGGACGACAAAAUGGGGGACGCGGACUUUGACAUAAAACCGUUCGUGGAGGCCGUGAAGAUGAAGCUGGAUGGCCUCCCAGACGGCACCAUAGUCACGAAGGUGCCUGCCUCGAGGACAAACUGCCUGUCGGAGGAGAGCUGCGUGGUGUGGAAAGACGGGAAGGUGGUGCAGGAUAUGUGCCUCAGGCUGAGAAACGUCGAGUGCGGUGAAGUCGAGAUCCAGCUGCAGUGGAUCAAUGUCCCUGGCUCCAAAGGCUUGAUGGCUCAUUAAACAUGGCUGGGAUUUGAGUUGUUUGUGUGUAAAAUGUUGUUAACUUUGGGAGGAUUGUAACAUUAUUGGGGAAUUAAUAAUGACUUUUUUCUCCAUAAUUAAAUUAUGAAUAAUCUAGGGCCUUAUGUUAUUUCAA